AGAGCUCGGCAAGCGUGCUCGUCGGCUCGGCCGCUCAGUGUGCAGCGAAAGCCGAGCUCGGGCGCAUUGCUCUCGGCCGAUUGCCCGGCCUUAAAUAUAUAUAUACCCCCUCCUCUCGUUGGUUGUAUUUUUCACUGCAGCCGUUUGCUGCUCGUUGUUAACGUGAAAAAUUUAGACUCUCUUGUAGACCCCGUCGCGUACGCGUGUGCUUUGUUUACACUGUUUAUCUUUUUCUUCCCCCAAAGAAGCUUCAAGAUCGCGCUCGCAUCGCCCCGUAUACGUGGUGAAUUUGUGUGGAUCCGCUGCAAGAAGAGAGAGAGAGAGAGCCACGACAGCGUGAUUUCCCGGCGGAGGUCGGGUGAGGAGCGCGAAACUGGCGCAGGAGUGUACGUUUGUGUGACCGAUGCAAUAAGCAGGUAGGAGAGCGGGGCUCUGGUGGUGUUCCUCCUUCAACGAGAACCGAAAGGGAGGCGAGGGGGAUGAUCGGGGUGAAAAGUGCGGGCUCGCCCGGGACGAUGACUACCGACGACGGAUGACAGGUGAUAAGGAAGGAAGAAGAGGAACAAGCACAGCAGCGAGAGAGGCUCGACGUCCCCAGAGGGUCAGAGACAGAGAGGGGCCUCGAGGCUCCGGGUGAUGCGCCGCUAUGGGCCUCUGCUCCCUCUUGGCGCACCGAGGCGCACUGCUCCUGCUGCUACUCAUGCUGCUCGGGACAUCUGGAGCCACGCGUAUGAAGCAGCACGGCUCGACGGAAUCUCCGAAAUCAAGUUCGUCGGCGGUUAACGAGGCGAGUGUCUUCACGUUACGUAACGGCAAUAAGCAGGAGAGUGUCUUUGCCAAGCGGAGCAAAAGGACGACGUCGACGACUUGGGCGACGCUGACGAGCUCGGUGGUAUCGACGCCCGGCGGUACAGGAGCCGAGGCAGCCUCGAGCGUGGGUGCAUUGACGUUGAGGGCCGGUGGCGGUGCUAAUGACGAAGACGCGGUGGCCGAGGCGCUGGUGCAGGCGCGCAACGAGUGGAGGACGGGCAACAAUGGCUCGGGUGACACCAUAUCGCUGUCGACGUUGGCCACUCAGCCGCCGAUCGAGCUCGUCGUCAAGCCCCUCAGCAAAGUCGUCCUGCCCUGCGAGCUCGAGGGCAACCACUCCAGGCUACUCACACCAACCGCCAGUAGGAGCUACAGGGUGCGGCCGGCGAGUUGGUUGCACGACAAUGGCCCGGUCGACAUGAUAACCAUAGACACGAGGACGGAAAUGAGCGGCACGGGGCACAGGUACAUCGGGGACUCGUCGACCGCUGCGCUGCACAUCGACAACGUGAGGCUCGAGGACGACGGCGUCUGGACCUGCCAAUUCGAGGACGAUCGGGAGAAGCUGCUGGUCGGCCGGCCCGUCAAGCUCGUCGUUCUCGAGGCCCCACGAGGGACGUAUCUGUUGAUAGACGGUCGCCGGCUGGACCCGGGCAACCAAUUCGUCCCGGUGAAGGAGGGCUCGGAGUUGACGCUCGAGUGCGCAGCCGAGGGUGGCAACCCGGCCCCGGUCCUCGCCUGGGGCAUGACCCUGUCGCAAGCGACGCUCGACGGACCGGAACAGCCCCCGGAUAAUCUUACCAUUGUGCCGGCCAGCUCCCCGAUACGCAGCGGCGCCCAUCUCAAGGUACUCAGGGGACACCACAACGCGACCAUCAUAUGCGUCGCUCGGCACGUCACCCUCGCUCUACCCAUGAACGCCAGUAUUCUGCUCGACGUGCAGUAUACGCCAUCGUUCGCAAUAACGCGGCUGCCGGGCUUUGGAAUUCCAAUCGUCGAGGGCAUGUCCGUCAGCCUCAAGUGCGAAGUGGACAGCAACCCAUCGAGCGUUCCAAUAUGGCAAAGAGACAAUGGGCCGCCCCCGGUGGAGCAGAGCGAUGACGGAUGGCUCAACUUCACAAAGAUCAGCCGGGCCGAGGGCGGCUGGUACAAGUGCUACACGCGACACCCGCUCGGCAUUUUCACGAGCAUCGGCUACUUCCUCAACGUGCGCUACGACCCAGAAAUGGAGACGGAGGCCGAGGCGUUGAACGGCGAGGCGACGGACUCGCGGAAAAUGGAGGUGCAGAUCGGCGGCGCCGUGACCCUGGAGUGCGACGGCGGCUGCUGGGGCCACGGCCCGGGAAUGGACCCCGUGGGUGGGCCAGGCUCGCUCUCGCUCAGCAGGGUCGUCUACCAGGACGCGGGCGAGUACCACUGCGUAGCCCCGGAUCGGAAGAUGCAGGACACCUGGAGGGCCCAGCUGCCUUACCACAUCAAAGUCACCGGAGCUCCCAUGGUCCAUCCGCCGUCGCAGACGAUGAGGACGAACGAAGGCGACUCGAUCGACGUGGUGGUUGAAUUUUGCGCGGAACCGGCCUACACCAAGGUCUUUUGGAUGUCCGAGGAGAGGGUUUACCUGCCGGGCGGCGAGCUUCGCGACGGGGUGCGGGCUCUGCCCAUCGAGAGCGGCGGCACCGAGGCUUGCUACCGCAGCGUGUUGCGCUUCGAGCGGGUCCAGCGAGCGCACGCUGGCGAGUGGUUGCUCUUCGUCAGGUCGAACGAGGGUAUAGCCAACGCCUCGGUCGCCCUCAACGUCACCCAGGCCUCGAGCUACAGCGGCGCCCGGCCGGUCUUCAGCCGGUCCAGCAUUGUCGGGCUCAUCGCUUGCGUGACCCUCGCGCGCUUGCUGCUCAGGCCGCGGCCUUGAACUCAUGCUACGGAUGCCACCGGCCCUCGUUGCUUCCCUCGUCUCCAUCUGCAGCUAAGGGCUCCUUCAGCUCCGGCUCGAGAGCUCGUCAUCCUACGCGGGAAUCCAAUAUCUUGUUUUGUACAGCCAAUACGGACAAUACCUCCGAGAGGGCGGCCGCGUUAAUUCGAAUCUGUUGCGUAACCAACUGUCCGUGGUAAAUAUUAUUGGCUCGACACGGUGGUAUUUUCCAAAGGAGCCUAAUUGACUUUUUCGAGGGGGGGAUUAUUUUCUUUUCCAUUUGCUUUUUGAAACAUCUCUCCGUAACGAGCGGUAAUUGUUUUCAAUGGCCCGACAAGAGGAUGGAUAUCGUUAGCGCGAAAAAAAGGGGGGCCGCAAUGAAUUUUCAGUUUCCGGGUGAAU